CUGUCUAUUUAAAUGCACCUCAGAAUCAACCGGUAGGAGUUGGAACUAUAAUAAUAAAUUUCUAAUCAAUAACAUGACAAUCGGAUUUAGAACGAUAUCAAGGCUUGUUGUGCCUGCUUUUGGAAAUCUAUUUUGCUUAGCUCGAGUUCAACUUAGUACUAUAAAUAUGGCAGAAAAUAAUCCAGAUUACAAAAAUGCUACGAGCAUCCAUGAGUUUACAGUGAAAAACAUCAAAGGAGAAGAUAUUAAACUUGAUGUAUAUAAAGGUCAUGUUUGUAUCAUUGUCAAUGUUGCGUCCCAGUGUGGUCUUACAGCGAACAAUUACAAACAACUCAAUGAACUUUAUGAUCAAUACGCUGAAAGUAAGGGACUACGCAUUUUGGCAUUCCCAUGUAACCAAUUUGCUGGUCAAGAGCCUGGAAACUCUGAAGAAAUAGUUUGUUUUGCAAGUGACAGAAAGGUCAAAUUUGACUUGUUUGAAAAGAUUGAUGUCAAUGGCGAUUCAGCACACCCAUUGUGGAAAUUUUUGAAGAAUAAACAAGGAGGUACUUUGGGCAGUUUUAUUAAAUGGAAUUUUACUAAAUUUAUUGUUGAUAAAAAUGGAACCCCUGUUGAAAGACAUGGCCCAAAUACUGAUCCAUUGGACUUAGUAAAGUCUCUUGAAAAAUAUUGGUAAAGUUAUUAGUGGCAUUUCACAAAAUCAAUAAUGUCAUUGUAGCACUUAUUUAAUAAGCUUUAUCUGUUUUGUAAUGAAAUAUUGAUUUUGAUAUAUAUAAUGAAUAUCCAAAGUUAAUGCACUGUAUAUUUAUUGUUAAGGUUUUUGUUAAAGCAAUAAAUAAAUAAUUGAUAUAUAUUUUUCAGAAUUG